AUGCGAAUGGUCGCCCGCCAGUCAAGGCUUUGUUUGAUCGGUUCUCACGUCUCUGGACGUCAGAAUUCAUCGCUCACACGCACACACACCAUCAAACAGUCAAGGUGUAAUCAGGUCAUACACACAGUCAUCCACCCGAUUUGUCGGAUCCGGAAACCGUCACCACAACAAAUUCGAACGGCCUAGCUCUCCAAUCACUGUCCGUCACAGCACCGAGAGAAGAUACGUCCAUCACAGGCCGACCAUACGUCAUUCAGCCACAGGACUCGGACAGCACCAGCUGGCGGAUGCGGCGAUCGCGCUCGUUGUGUGUGCGGAGGCGCGAGAUGUCUGCUCCGGCCUUCAGCAGAAUGCGGAUGCUGGUCUUGAGAUUCGGGAUGGUCUCGGUGCGGAGGACCUCCCUGUGGUGCUCAUCCCCGUCGCCCCUGUGCAGCGCCUUAAGGCAUAUGUCCAGCUCUGCGGCUGCACGCUCGAGGGGUGUGUCGGUGGUCAUGCCGUAGUUUCGGAUGUCGUCGUUGCUGCCAACGGCGUCCAUGAACUCGGUGCCGAUGUUACAGCAGAGGUAGUCGACGCCAUGGUGGAAGCCUGAGUGUGCAGCCAUGUGUAGCGGGGUGGAUCCCUCAUGGUUUCCCGCCGUCAGGUUGGCUCCGUUGGCCCGAAGCAGGUCCAAGUAGGUGUCGAUGAAGUCCUUGGAGAGGGAGGGAGGGGCGAGCGAUGCCUCAUGCACCAGAUUGCACUCGAUCUCGUCCGCUUCGGUGGCCAGACUGCGGUCGCGCUCGACGAGUCGCCGGUAGAAGUACAGCAGCAGCUGCUCGUAUUCGGCGCUCGGGCGAGCAUGUUGGUUGUCUCGUGGCAGCACCAUGGCCAUCACGCCGCGCAGCUGCACGCCCCGGUCCAGGAGGAGGUCGAAUGCCGCCCGGUUGCCGCCAGAGAUGGCCACCCGGAUGGGCCUGGUCUCCUUGAGGAUCACCUCGCUCAUGUCGGCUCCGGCGUCGAUGAGAGCAUUCAUGAUCUGCGCCUCCACCUCGCGCGAAGGCCACCUGGGCAGGGCGACCGGAUGAUGCCAGUCGAUGUGGCUGUCACGCGCCCAGAUGGACGGCAUACUGUCGUCGGUGAGGUUGUCAAUGGCGAGGCUGAGCAAAGGGUAGAGCCACGGGUGGUUCCCUGUGCUUCGAAGCACCUCCAGCCCCGGCAUAGCAUUGGCUUUUGCCCCCCGCCGGAUGAGCUCGGUGACUUGUUGCGCUUGCCGGAUGGUCCGAUAGAUAAUGCCCUGAGCCAGCUCCUUGGUGGCCUCGUCAUUGAUGCGCUGGAGGUCGAAGCGGAUCCUGAUGCCGCCAGGGCCCACCCAGCCGCGGGGCUCACCAGCCUGCGCAGAACUGGACGGCUCACUCAUUGCC